AAGAUCACAUAAACAAGAGUCUGAUAGAAAUGCAUUAGAAAUUUACCUUCCACAGAUAAGCCAAUCCCAAUUACUGAUCAUAACAUCUUACAUUAACAGAUAUAAAGUAUGACUAUUGAGGUAACAGAAAAGAAGCUGUACCAUGCAUGUUUGGAGGGAGACGUGGAGAUGUUGAAGGCGUUGAUGAGAGAAGAUGGCCUCACUCUUGCUCGAGUCUCAGUAUCUUCUUGUUAUAACCAAACACCCUUGCAUUUAGCUUCCAUGUUAGGUCACUUUGAAUUAGCAAAGUCUCUUCUUUCUUACAAGCCUGACUUUGCAAGCCGGUUAGAUUCACAAGAACGUUCUCCUCUUCAUUUGGCAUCUGCCAAUGGAUAUACGAAUAUCGUUAAACUGUUGUUAAAGUAUGAUCAAGAAAUGUGCCGAGUUCAUGAUGAGGAUGGACGGACUCCUCUUCACUUGGCUGUUAGGAAUGGUCGAUAUGAGUCUGUUAUUGAGUUGAUGAAAGUUAACUAUGAGUCGUUGGAUGAAGAAGAGACGGUAUUUCACUUGUGUGUUAGGUAUAAUCGUUCAUAUCUUCUUACUCGAUUAUUAGCAAUGAAUGACCAGGAUUUAUCUAACAUCAGAGAUGCGAAUGGAAACACUAUUUUACAUACUGCAGCGGCUUUAAAAAGGAAGCAGAUAAUAAAACACCUUGUCAAGAGAAGAUAUAAGGAAAAUGCUUCGUUCACAAAAUUGGUUAAUAAACUUGGUCUCACAGCUUUGGACAUAGUAAAGCAGAUGCCCAAAGAUUCGAAUACCAUGGAAAUUAAGGAGCUUCUUAUCUCAGGUAACCCUUCCACGGUUAAUGAGGUUGUAGCAGCCCCGAAGACUGGGACAGUAGUUGAUGAUAAGAUAGGAAGAGCAGCAGCUGCUGACUACAGCAUAAUCAAAAUGGUAAAGAUGUGGUGGAAUAAUAUGAAAACGUUUACCAUGCUUCAAGAGAAAUCUGCAACAAGAGACGAGCACGUACUGCUAGCAGCCACUGUAAUAGCUGCCAUGUCUUACCAAGCAGCUAUUAACCCUCCUGGCGGAGUCGCUGGACUUGAUGCCACAGAAUUUUCAGCUCCUGACCCUUUAAAACAAACUUUUUAUCUUCAACCUGGAAAUUCAAUUCUAGCCUACUUCUACUCAUCACUGAGUAAUACGUUUUGGACAUCGAACACGAUCUCCUUCAUGGCUGCUCUAAGUGUCAUAUUUCUCUACGUAAGUGGUGCAACCCUGAAACGUAAGCUCUUUAUUUGGCUUAUACGAGGAGCCAUGUGGAUAACUCUCACCGCAAUGAGUGUGGCCUAUUUCUGUGCAGUUCUAGCCACCACCCCAUCUUUCUAUUCCACUGACUACACUUUUAAUGCUAUCUUUUAUGGCCUGUGUACUUGGAUAGGUUUGAUUGUGCUAUCCAGUUUUGCUGUUACUUAUCGUGCCAUUCGCUAUGUAUUGAGGCGAAUCAAAAAGGGAAGUGAUGCCAGGAAGAAGAGCUGUGUGUUGAGGCGAAUCAAAAAGAAAAGUGAUGCCAGGAAGAAGAUAUAUACAAGAGAAGACCUGCCCCCCAUCACAAACCAGAAAACACAUAUCGUCUCUUUCAACUUUCAAACCUAGCUAGUUGCAGGCCUUUGUUUUUCCUUGCUAUGUAUCAUAUGUACAAACUCGCAAUCCAUAUGUACUAAAUAAAUUCUAUGGUGAUACUGUAAUAUAUAUGUAGAGGUUGAAGUUCGAAAU